UUGCGUCAUCACCGUGCGCUCUACUGGGCGGGUCUGUUUUGUGGACAGUGAUGGAGGCCGAGGGUGUGGCGGUGGCGGCGGCGGCGGCGGCGGCGGCGGCGGCGGCGACAAUUAUUGCCUCCGAUGACUGCGACUCUAGGCCUGGACAGGAGCUCUUGGUUGCCUGGAAUACUGUGAGCACCGGUCUGGUGCCGCCGGCCGCGCUGGGGCUGGCGUCUUCCCGGACCAGCGGUGCAGUCCCACCAAAGGAGGAAGAGCUUCGUGCAGCGGUGGAGGUUCUGAGGGGACACGGUCUGCACUCUGUCCUGGAGGAGUGGUUCGUGGAAGUGCUGCAGAACGACCUUCAAGGCAAUAUUGCCACGGAGUUCUGGAAUGCCAUCGCUCUGCGAGAAAACUCUGUCGAUGAGCCCCAGUGCCUUGGGCUGCUCCUGGAUGCGUUCGGUCUGCUGGAAAGCCGCUUGGAUCCCUAUCUGCAUAGCCUAGAACUCCUAGAGAAAUGGACUCGUCUGGGCUUGCUGAUGGGCGCUGGAGCUCAGGGGCUUCGGGAGAAAGUUCACACUAUGUUGCGGGGAGUCCUGUUUUUUUCCACCCCUAGGACAUUCCAGGAGAUGGUCCAGCGCCUCUAUGGUCGUUUCUUGAGAGUCUAUAUGCAGAGCAAGAGAAAAGGAGAAGGGGGCACAGACCCGGAACUAGAGGGUGAGCUAGAUAGCCGGUAUGCCCGCCGCAGGUACUACCGACUUUUGCAGAGUCCUCUGUGCGCAGGAUGUGGCAGUGACAAGCAGCAGUGCUGGUGCCGGCAGGCACUGGAGCAGUUCAACCAGCUGAGCCAGGUCCUGCAUAGGCUCAGUCUGCUGGAGCGGGUUUGUGCUGAGGCCGUGACAACCACCCUGCAUCAGGUGACCCGGGAAAGGAUGGAAGACCGCUGCCGAGGAGAGUAUGAGCGCUCUUUUUUGCGUGAGUUUCACAAGUGGAUAGAGAGAGUGGUUGGUUGGCUUGGCAAAGUGUUCCUUCAGGACAACCCCACCAGACCAACUUCUCCAGAAGCUGGGAACACACUGCGUCGUUGGCGCUGCCACGUACAGAGAUUCUUCUACCGUAUCUAUGCCACCCUACGCAUCGAGGAGCUUUUCAGCAUCAUCCGAGACUUUCCAGACUCCCGGCCAGCCAUUGAAGACCUUAAGUACUGCUUGGAGAGGACAGAUCAGAGGCAGCAACUUCUUGUGUCCCUCAAGGUGGCCCUAGAGACUCGACUCCUCCACCCAGGUGUCAACACAUGUGACAUCAUCACUCUCUACAUUUCUGCCAUCAAGGCAUUACGUGUGCUAGAUCCCUCUAUGGUCAUCCUGGAAGUGGCUUGUGAGCCCAUCCGUCGAUACCUGAGGACACGAGAGGACACCGUACGGCAGAUUGUGGCUGGGCUAACCGGGGACUCAGAUGGGACUGGGGACUUGGCUGUUGAGCUGUCUAAGACUGACCCUGCCUGCCUGGAGACCGGUCAGGACAGUGAGGAUGAUUCUGGAGAGCCCGAGGACUGGGUCCCUGACCCUGUGGAUGCUGAUCCAGUGAAGUCGAGUUCCAAGCGACGUUCUUCAGACAUCAUCAGCCUGCUGGUCAGCAUCUAUGGCAGCAAAGACCUCUUUAUCAAUGAGUACCGCUCGCUACUUGCAGAUCGCCUUCUCCACCAAUUCAGCUUCAGCCCUGAGAGGGAGAUUCGUAAUGUGGAGCUGUUGAAGCUGCGCUUUGGUGAAGCCCCCAUGCACUUCUGUGAGGUCAUGCUCAAGGACAUGGCAGACUCCCGCCGCAUCAAUGCCAAUAUCCGAGAGGAGGAUGAGAAGCGGCCUGUGGAAGAACAGCCACCAUUUGGGGUCUAUGCUGUCAUAUUGUCCAGUGAAUUUUGGCCUCCCUUCAAAGAUGAGAAGCUGGAGGUCCCUGAGGACAUCAGGGCAGCCCUAGACGUUUACUGCAAGAAGUAUGAGAAACUGAAGGCUAUGCGGACACUUAGUUGGAAGCACACCCUGGGCCUGGUGACAAUGGAUGUGGAGCUUGCUGACCGCACCCUGUCUGUUGCGGUGACCCCAGUACAGGCAGUGGUCUUGCUGUAUUUCCAGAACCAAGCCAGCUGGACCCUGGAGGAACUGAGCAAGGUGGUGAAGAUGCCUGUGGCACUGCUUCGAAGACGCAUGUCAGUGUGGCUGCAACAGGGUGUGCUGCGGGAGGAACCUCCAGGCACUUUCUCUGUCAUUGAGGAAGAGCGGCCUCAGGAUAGGGACAACAUGGUGCUGAUUGACAGUGAUGAUGAGAGUGACUCAGGCAUGGCCUCCCAGGCUGACCAGAAGGAAGAGGAGCUACUGCUCUUCUGGGCAUACAUCCAGGCCAUGUUAACCAACCUAGAGAGCCUCUCUCUGGAGCGUAUCUACAGCAUGCUCCGGAUGUUUGUAAUGACUGGCCCUGCGCUGGCUGAGAUUGACCUGCAGGAGCUGCAGGGCUACUUGCAGAAGAAGGUCCGAGACCAGCAGCUCAUCUAUUCUGCAGGUGUCUACCGCCUGCCUAAGAAUUCCAACUGAUGUUCCCUUUCCAGGCUCUGACUACAGCAUUCAUGCCUGUGCAACCCCUAGAUGGACAGCUUCUAUUUCCAUGUUCCUGUGCCCAGUCCCUGCCCGUUCCCUGCCUAACACCCACAGAACAAAUUAAAGCAUAUUGGCUCAUCCUUUCAUGUAUUUUGUUGGAUCCCAUGAAUACAAACAGGUUUGCCCUCUAUAGCCACCCAACCAUAACCCUACAGGGCCUGGAUUCCCAGCAGCAGGUAACUGAGCCACCCAAGAAGCCAGGCUUACCCCAGCCUAAGCUUGUAUGUUUGGGCAAUAGAUUACCCUAAAGCUAUCUCCUGUAGCCUGUCUUAGAAUAUGCUGGGACCUGUUUCAGCAAGAGUGAAUAGGGUUGGCAGCUCAGAGUCUCCCGAGUUAGACUUUGGCCCCAUCCUGCUUUUGUGGCCAUUAAAAGGAACUCUUGGUCCUUCA